AUGCUCGUUUACCAACCUGCAUCUCUAGGGGUGAGGGUCCAAAAUCGCUGGUUGGCUGGGUUCAUGCAGCCGCGCCAGAGCCACAUGUUCACCGGUCAACGCGUGCAUGAUGGUUUUCAUUAUGAAAGAGUUCCUGUUCCUGACAUACUCUACGAAAUCCACUCAUUUGUCUUCGUCUCUCCCCCUGACCAUACAGAGAAUAUUGUAGCCAUUUCAGCAAAGUUAGUUAACAUAGGCAGUACAGCUAUGGAAGCUGCAGGUCUCGCAUUAGCGGGGAUCCCUCUUUGCGUUCACUUGACUCAAGCGGGCAUUGCCAUCCGAAAAGCUACUAAGAGAAUCAAACAUGCCAGGCGAGAUAUCGCAGAACUAUCGGAUGAAACCGUUAUCUUUGCUGGCCUGUGUGAGGAGUUCCUGCGCACUUGCAAAGACAAUUCUCAAGUAGGCAGUCGUGCUGCUUCGUCUAUCGGCUCACUCAAUACAUGGAUCAAGCGAACGGACAAAGGACUACGCGAGCUCUUGCGGGACGUGAAAGCGUUGAGACCGGACCCCAGAUACCGCCUUUCGAUCCAAGACACUCUUGUGGCUCACUUGAAAUGGUUUUUCAGCAAAAGUACGGUCAAGAGCCUCCGUACUUCCAUGACUGUCGCAAGGGAAUGCAUCGAGGGAUUCACUAAUAUCAUAUGUGUCGCAAAGCUCAAUGAACAGCUGCACGAGCUAAGGAAUGCUUUGAAACAUCCUUCGGCCAGGAGGCGUGUCGAAAAAAGACUCGAUAUGGAUAUUGUAGAAGAGAUUCGAUUAGUGGAGCAAGCGAUUGAAUUAAAAACAUUCGUACGAGAAACGAACAAGAGACAGUUAAAGUGUGCCAAGAAGAAGAUGGCAGAGCGAGAGCCCAGGAGCCAGUCUACGAUUUCCUUGCCUGCUCCGACUGAACUUCUCCAAUUUGCAACUUCGCUUGAUAUCUAUGCAGAGGAAGUACUGCCUUCAGUCCGAUCUCGACAUAAUACGACAACUUUGGAUCAAACUCCUCAAACGUUCCUUUCGAGUAUCCGGCCGCUUCACAACCAAGAUCGCCUGAGACAUAUACAACAUCUAGAGGCCAUAACACUUCUUCGUCGAGCACCAUAUCUACCGUUUCAAGUCAGGUUUCCAUUGUCGAGUCAAGCUCCGUGUCUGAUGUCUCUGAGCCUAUUGAGACUCCCCAGCUUAGGCUUCGUCUUUCGGACGUGGCCGUGCUGA